UUGUGCUGUUGAGAAAGAGUGGCUUGGGAAGAAAUGGGGGCAUUCGAACAGCUGUCUGUUGCUGGUCAAACAGCACCCCAGCUAGGAGGCAGUAGAGAAUCUGGCAGCCAUUACUGAGGUAAGCCUGGUGUUGGCUGUACCCGGCCGGGCACUUCAUGGGGUGGUCCGUGAGGCUGUCCUUGUAGAAUACCUCCUUCAGGAGACCAGGGCUCUGGCCUUUCAGCAGGCCUGCCAAGGGAUUGCCCACCUGGCAGCUGAAGAAACCCCCAAAGGGGACUGCCUGGGCUGCACCCAGCUCUAAGUCGCUGCUGACACACACCUUGAAGUCCCCAAAGAGCGUCAGUGGGUAGAAGUGGGAGGGACAGGCCUGGGCCCUGGUGAGCGGGUUGGGGCUGCCAGGGCUAUAGAGGCCCCCAAAGAGGAAGCCUGAAGCGGCCGGCGGCGGGGAGGCCUUGGAGGGCACGCACCAGGAGGCAGCCAGGCGCACCACGCUGCGCUGCUCGCGGGUGGCGCACAGGGUCUCGCAGCACUGGAAGAAGAGCCAGCAGUUCCGACACUGCUGCCAGCACUCGGGGCGGGGCUGGCUCCAUGUCUUUAACGUGCUGUGCAGCGCGCUGGCCGUGUAGUUGGCCGGGCAAGAGGCGUCGCCAGUGAGCGGGUUCGGGAUGCGGUAGGCCUGGCAGAGGCGCCCAGCGUCCUGCCCGGACACGGCCUCGCACUCCUGGAAGACGCCGCCGAAGGGGAACUGGGCACGGCUUGAGUCUCCGCAGGAGCCGUCGUCCACGUUGGCUUGGGGGUCGAAGGCGGGUGCGCCGCGCCGCACGCAGCCCGGGUGCGCGUUGAGCGCGUAGUAGCGGCGGAUGGCGCCGCGCACGGCUGCAGCCACGCGUAGCGCCGCGGGCGCGGGGAGCUCGGGCAGCGCCGCGGGCUCCAGCAGCGCGGGCAAGGGAAGCCCCGACCUGCUGAUGGCCACCAGCCGGUUGCCUAGGCCCUCCUGCCACUUCCGGAGGGUGAUGCCCGGGUAGAAGGGCCCGCCGCCAUGGCUGCGCGUCUUGGAGGCCACCGUGUUCUUCACGUAGUCCUGGAUGAACUGGCUCUGUGCCUGCCAGGAGGCCGCUUCCCCGGCGUUGACCAUUUGGAAGAACACGGCCGAGGCGGCUGCUGUGAUGUUGCUCUUCUCUCGGACCUGACUGUCCACCAGCUCCCGCCUUACCUGGUCCUCCUGCACCAAGGUGGCUCCGGCCUCCACGUCGGUGAGGACGUGCGUGCCAUACCUGAGCACAAGCAUCUCUGCCAGGUACUCGGCCUCGUGGGUCUGGUUGUUCUCCAAGUGGUCGCUGAGGGUCAGCAGAUGCUGCCGGAAGGCGGGCUGGAAGUCAGGGAUCUCGGGGGCCUUCACAGAGUAGAGGCUGUGGCGGACCUGCACCCUGGCAGUGACUGUCUGGUACUCCAGGUUGUACACCUUGACGUUCUGGCAGUCGGCCGAGAACUUACCAUUGAGGUUGGAGAGGAAGGAGAGCUCGGCAUUGACGGAGGCUGCCCAGGCGUCCGUGUAGCUGAGCCAGUGAUCAAUGAGCUCCGCACGGGUCUCUACGAAGCUCUCCUUCAGUGGCACCACGUGCACGUGGUCCGGGAUGAGGUACUCGCCAUCCUGCGUGGUGAGGCACUGCGAGUAGUUGCGCCGCAGCACCAGCCCCAGCUCCACAUUGCGCAGGUUGUCCCAGCCGCCCCCCGGCAGCGCUGCCAGCACCGAUACGUUCAGUGCCUGCUUGCAGCCCUGGAAGCCUGGAGCUCCCGGUUCCCCCAUCCCGCCUUGACCGGCCAAGAGCAGGACCAGCAGGGGCGCAAGGCGCAGGGCCAUGGCUGGAGGAGAGCUUCGCCUUGGGAGCCUGCUGCGCCUCAGUUUCUCCACAGCUCGGGGUCACUGAGGGGAAGUCCGUGGCCUGCGAGCUGAAAUAGUCCCAGCUACAGGGAAACCAAGACCCAGAGAAGUCACGUAAAGUGCCCAAGGUCACAAGCACAGUACAGCGCCAGCAUUGGAAUCCAGGUUCAUUUGAUGCCAAAGCACAGUUUCCAUUCACUGCUCUGUGCUUGGUGUUUCUACUUUCUAUUCAGUAUCAGGGUCUUAACUUUAUCCCUCCUAGUGAGGCAAGAGUAAGGAUAGGACUGGCAAGAGAGACUGCAUUUUGUUGUCCACACCAAGAACCCCACAGCAGUCUACGUGCUGGAAAUGCAGCAGAGACCCCAGGGGCAACAGACCACAUCCCGCUCCAGGAAACACCAGGGACGGCAGGGGUUAAAGAUAAGCCCUACAUAAGCCAGUGUGUCCCCUUCCCACAAAUAUGUCAUUACCCAAGGUUGCUUAACCCCCUUCUGUAAGCAUUCUUUUACAGGCCUCAAGAGAAUGAUAAGGCCCCUGCAGACGAGGAUAACCAUCAGCCCAUUAGCCCCCACCUGCUGAGGCUGAAGAUAGAACGCCUUGUGACCAAAUGACGAAGACCCCAAUUGUGAGAUCAGAGAUCUCACCCUUUUUCCCAAGCUUCCUACCCAGCUCUUUUGCCUUAAAAAAACCCUCACACUAAAUGCUUGAAGAGCAACACUCCUCUUUCGUGUUGGUAUUCCUGUGCACAAGCUAUCUUUCAAUAAAUAGCUUGUUCACUCUCACUAGAGGCCAGUGUUCAUUUCUAUGACAUUGACUCCUAAAGAACCUGGCAUUCUAGGUCUGGUAACACUAGGGCAUUUGCAGUUAAAGAAUGCUCAUGGAAAGGGCAUAUGGGAUUACUUUCGGUUAGACCUGGUCACAGCAGUGUGCUGGAAAAGUGUCUGUCCCCAUCAUGUAUGGGGAAAGGCAGCACCGUCCAGAGUUACGGGUGCUGGUCUUGACUUGUCAAUAUCUGAAUUGGAAUCUGGGCUAUAUCAUUUCGUCAGUUGAAACUUCCCACUCUCAUGGCUUUCUUGCCUGCGUCCUACCUCCCUCAUCUAUCACAUGAUGAGAAUAAUACAAAUCUCCCCAGGCUUGAGCUGUUGAAUAUAAAAUGCCCAGCAGAGUGCCGGGCACAGAAUGGAAUGUUCUUGCAGUGAAAUGUGUUAACUGACUUGUUCAAGGUCUGGAUUUGCACCCAGAUUUGUCUGAUUCCAAAGCCUAGUGCUCUUUCAA